AUGAUUUAAAUUUAUUUAUUGCUUUUUAUCUUCCAGUUUGAGCCAACAACAUAAUAUUACAUCAUUUCGAUGAAUGCUGACUAUCAACUGUAUACUAAAGUAUUAUAGAUUAAUUAAAAUGAUUAUACUACUGCAUCCUACUUUUCAUAUGGUAUUUGGAGCAGAUACACUCCAUUAGGUCAAAACAAUCAAGUUGGAGCAAUAGGAAUAUUUGAUAGUUCAUGUUUUCAUAUUCACAAUGUAAUUGGACAAUCAUCAAGAUUAUUAAAUUUUUUAUUUUUUGAUUGUCUUGAAUAUCCAAAGAAAAAAAUAAAAAGAAAAAUAUUUUUUAAAGCCUCAAAUGACAAGUGGAAGAAUUUUUAAGCAAAUAUAGACAAUUUCUCAUAUGAAUUUGUUUGGCAUUAUUUUGAAAUAACGUCAUGGCCUUAUGAGUAGAAACUUUAAUUUAUUUUAACUUAAGGGAGAAAAACAAUAUUAAAUGAAUUAAUAGAUGAGAGUAUUCCAUACAGUGAUUUAGAUUUAUUAUUUACAGUUGGGGGUGGUCUUUACAUAGAUGAAUAUUAAAAUAUCCCUGAAAUUAAAGAGGGAUCAAAAUUUUCUUUUUUCCCCGGAAAGAUAUAUAUAUAUCCUUUUUCAUAAGGAAGAAACAAAGGAAUGAAUGAAUAUUUAAAAAUACUUGAUUAUAUUAACAGUUUUAAAUGCAUAUGUACUUAUAAUAUGAUAAAUCGUUUACCUGAUUAGGAUUUAGAAUUUUUAUAAUCAUAAAUUUUUACAUCUUAAUAUCCAAAUUGUAAUAAUUUUGCUUUAAAUGCAUGGAUUAAGAUAACAAACAUUAAAGCUGAUUCUCAAGAAUUUACAUAUUAAUUAAUUAAACUAUCGCCUGUCUUUAGUACCUCAAAAUUGAUAAAUUAAAAUUUAGUAGCAUUUUAAUUAUUUUAUGUAUUAUCGCCAAAAGGAAAUAAAAUUUGCAUAACAACAUACAGUUUUACAUUCCCCUUGGUAAAUAUUGAUUUUUCUGAUAAUCCAUUUCUCAUUCAAAAAGAAAUAGAUAUUUCCAAUGAUAUUAAAUUAUGGCAUUAUAUUUCGGUGGGUGUAAUUGAUGAUGAAUUUUAAUUUUAUAUAACAUUUUUUGAAGAUUUUAAGGAAUAUAAUAAUCACUUUUCCCAGUUUGUGAAUCAUUUUCAUAUGGUAAGAUACUAAUUAGAAUAUGGAAAUGUUGAGAAAUAAUUUACAAAUUAUCUUAAUAUUUAGUUUAGUAGGAUGAAUUUUUAUAAUUGUCCUAAAGAUGUAAAUCCUUUUGGAUUUUGUCACUUUAGUUGUAAAAAAUGUGAUGGUCCUACUAGUUCAAAUUGUUUGUCUUGUUCCAAAUAUUCAAAUAGAAUUUAUUUACCAGAUCAGAAAUCUUGUGUGUGUCCAUAUGAUACUAUUGAUAAUUACUAUUGUGAAGGUCACAAAGACCUUGACUUAUUUCUUAAUAAUGAUGAUGAACCAUUAAAUAAAUGUUAAUUUGGUUACUUUGAGUUAGAAAAUGAAUGUAUGUUAUGGUAAUAAUAAUUUAAAUUUUAGUCCUUCAAUAAUUUAGGAAAAUUUUAUUACCUGCCUAGAUUGCUUAUAAAAUCCAGGAACAUGGUAGAGUAAACUUUUUUGUGAAAUUAAUUUAUCUUCAUAUGGGAGGGAAACAUCAAAAUAAAUAUAGGAAGAUACUUAAUACUUUAUUUCAGAUGGUAAUGAUCUUAAUUUUUGUAAAAGGUGUAAUACUUAAGAGAGUUCAUUAUAUGAAGAUUAUCAAGAUUAUAUCCAAGAAUUUUAAUCAUUAUGUCUAACCACAAACACUGAUUAAAAUUAUUUGCCAAUUAAAUUAAAUGAGCUAUGCUAUAUAUGUGAUUUAAAGCUUUGUUUAGUCUGUAAAAUGUCUGUUUUGGGUUUUGAAUGUGUUCGUUGUAGGUAAAUAUCUACCCCAAUUAUAAAAAUAAAUGGUAGAUGUGAAUUCAAAAAUAAAAAUUUAAAACUUGAAUAUUGUUCUCAACCUUAUUACAUGGAUUCACUACGAAAUUGUAAAUUAUGUGAUAUUGAAUAUUGUAAAUAUUGUUUUGAAUAUUCAAGCAAUGAUUUAAGUAAAAGUACACUUUAUUACAAUUUUAAUUAAUUUGAUAAGGAUGAAUUUCAUAAAAUAGGUUGUGCUUAAUGUGAAAAUGGAUUUAGUUUCGAUUUUAAUAAAGGCAAAUGCUUAUACAAUUAACCAUCUAUUUAGAAUUGUAUUAGAUCUUAUAUUAGCUAAAAGAAUAUUGAAGUUUGUACAUUGUCCUAAAUGGAAGACUUUACAAUAUCUCCUGAAAUUAGUAAUUGUAAAAAGUUUAUCUAAAAUUGCAAACAAUGUAUUUAAAAUCCAUAGAAAGAAAUUAAAUGUGUUUUAUGUGAAGAUGGUUAUACUGCUUCAAUAUAAACAGGAUAAUGUUAUGAAUGCUCAAUUGAAAAUGCAAAAAAUUGUAUAGAAGGAUAAUCAAAUUUGUUUGAUGGUUGGAUGCAAUUAGUUUAAAGUUUUAUAAUGCAAUUCCUAAAUAAUUAUUUUUAUCCUCCUACAUAAUAAAUAAAUAAAAUAUUUGAGCUUCCUAAUGAAUGUCAAACCGGAUUUCAAGUAUUUUCAGGAUAUGCAUGUCAAUAAUAUUGUGAUUAAAACUGUAUAUCCUGCAUAGAAUAAGACGAAUAGUUUCAUUGCAAUAAAUGUCAAUUGAACUAUUUUGGGUUGAAUAUUAAGUCUUCUGAAAAUGGAAAAUGUCUCUAAUGUCCUUAAUUAUGUUUGGUGUGUCAAUCAAGAACAAUUGAAGAGAUUAAAGUAAUAUUUUUUAUUUAGAUUAGGAAAUUAAUCCUUAUUUUGAAAUUACAGAUUCAAAUAAGUUUUACACAUAUAAAUGCUUCUAAACAAUAAAUGAUAAGAAUAUAAUUUUAGAUCCUUACACAAAUAUUGCCAAAUAUUGCUAUAGUGAUUAAUGCACUGAUAAUUUAGUAUAUAAAGUAUUUAAAAUUAAAAUUUUAUUAGUUUGAAGUGGAUUGUUUAAAUAUUUAAGCAAAAUUUUCACCAACAUUUUAUGAGUAUUACGAAAAUAAUAUUGAUUUUAACUAUUGUAAUUAACUUGGACUCAAGAAGAUUGUAAUUAAAAUAAAUUAGGUGAAUUCUUUUUUUGGAUGUCCUGGUGUUGGUAAAUUAUUCAUAGACAACUAAUUAAAAAAUAAAAUAUUUUCCCUUUAACAAACGCAUUUAUAAAUUAAAGGAGGAGAGGAAUUUAUCGUACGAGAAUUAGAAUUAAAUAAUUUUGAUUCAGUAAAAAUAAAUAACAUGAUAAUUUUCAUUUACUCGCCUACUUAUUGGUAUAUAAGUAAUGGUGAAAAAUCCGUUGACUUAGUGAUCAUGCAUACUCUAUUUUAAUCUUUUGAUUAUAAAGCAGAAUCAUAUUCGAUGAAUUUAAACAAAUAUAACAAACUCAUUUUGAAAAAUGUAACAUUUUAAAGAAUAUAUUUAUACAAUUAAUCUCUUUUAGAUUGUUCCUAGUUUGACUCUAAGAGUGAAAUAUUAAUUGAAAAAUUGAAAAUAAAUCAUUCUUCAUUUGAAUCAUCUAAUUUAAUAAAUGUUGUUAAUUUUCAUAAUAAAAUUACAAUCGAGUAUUUAGAAUUGAUCAACUGUUUUAUCAUAAAUAGUGAAAUAUUUAAAUUCAAUAGCAAUUUCAAUGUUUAAGUUGAUAUCAUUAGAAUGAAUAUUCAGAAUAAUUAAAUUUUUAACACAACCUUCAUAAAGGGUAUAGGUAGUUUAUAGAUCAACUUUAUAAAAACAGAAUUUUCAGAGAAUGAAGUUAUAAAUUCAAUUAUUUUUUAUGUAAAUUUGAGAUCUUAAUUCUCUCAAAUUCAGAUAAAUAAAAAUGACUUUUUGAAUUCCAAAAUAAUUCUUAUUGAUGAAAUAUAGGAAGAAAAAUCUGUUAUGAAAAUAGAGGAUUUUAAAGUAAAAUUUAAUUAAUUUUAUUAAUCAAUAGUAUUUGAAUUAGAUGUUAGGUAAAACGAAGCAGAAAUAUAUUUUUACAAUUUAGAUUUAGUAGAAAAUAAAAAAACAGAUUAAGAAAUUUUUAAAUAUAGAUUAUUUUAUCUCAACUCUAAAAGAUUUUAUCUACAAAAUUGUAAGAUAAAAGAUUAAUUUUUUUUCAGUCAUUUCUCACUAUUUUAAGUCAGUGAUAUAACAAUUGAAAAUGUAACCUAUUUUAACAAAAAGCAAAAAAAUAUAAUGGGUUUGAAAUUCGAUUGCACUACAUUUUUUGGAAAUAACCAAUUAUUUUUUAUAUAAGGAUUUCAAAACCUUGAAAUGAAAUUUAUCAGAAUAGAGAAUAUUUCUAGCUUUGAUAACUCCUUUAUCUAAAUUUUAAGCGAUAUCUUAUUCUUUCAAAAUAUUAAUUCAACUAUAUAUAUUCAGGAUAUCAUAUUUUAAGGAAAUUUAAUUUAAAAAAUUACUUAAGGGGAAAGAAUGUCAUUAUUACUGAUCUAUUCUCAAAAUAAUUAAGGAAUAACUUGUAAAAACUUAUAUUUUAAAGAAAACUUUUUUAAUUAGGUUUCUGAUGAUUAUAAUUCAAACUCUGCUGGUCUUAUUUACAUAAAUUCUUAAUAAAGCACUAUUAAUUUACAAAAUAUUUCUUGUUAUUAAAAUGGUUUAACAAAUUCAACAAACCCUUUUAUUUUUAUAAAUACUGAAAAACUUAAUAUUUUUGAUGUUGUUAUUAAAAAUCAUAAUAUUUUAUCAAAUGAUAUUUGGAAACAAUAUUAUAAAAUUGAUUUUAAAAAUCAAUUAAAUGAGAAUGAAGUUAUUAUAAUUUUAAAAUAAAUAUUUGGAAUGAAUAAUAGGGGAGGAGGUUUUUAAAUUAUUACAACAAAUUUACAUAUAACCUAAGGAUACUUUGAGAACAUACUCUCAGAAAGUAGCUAAGUUUUUGAUAUUAUAACUUAAGGAGAUGGUAUUAUUAAACUUGAAUCAUUAAAUAUCUAGUCUAUUUAAAGUACAUUAAAUUCAGAGAGCCAAGGAUGUAUUAAUAUUUACUCAAAGAACAGUUAACUGAAUUUUUAUCUUACUAAUACAACUUUUUAAAGAGUAAAUAAUAAAUUAGACUCUGCUAUUUUGACAAUUACUCCAUCUUUGGUUUCAAAUUUAAUUAAGAUAUAAAAUGUUUAAUUAGAAGAUUGUAUUUCACUAAUAAAUCAAUUCAUUUAUAUUGAUUUUUCAUUGAGAAAAUCAAAUUUAAAUAAAAUUAUAAUAUAAAAUUUAAAAAUAACUCAAAAUGAUCAAGCUUGGAUUAAAUAUUUUGAAAUGAUCCAAUAAAUUGGUUAAAUUGAGAUUGAUAAGAUUAUUUCUGAUAAUGCAGUUAUUAAUUUAUAAGGAUGCGAUCUUAAUAUUGAUGGAUUGAUUAUAGAAGGAACAUAUAUUUCACCAAUCAUUAAAAUAUCAGAUUCUCCAAAGAUUAUCAUUUCAAAUAGUAAUUUUUACUCAAUCAAAACUUUUUAUCCAAUAAAUAUUUUACACUUUCAACAGUAGACAGAAUCAAAAUAAUAAAUUAGCUUGAAGAAUAUGUAUUUUAAUAAAUACUCUAUAUUUUCAAAAUGGAAAUAUGAUGAUUUUAUAAUUAAGACUUUUAGUUUUUCUAAUAAUUAAUGUAGUUUUGAUACCCUCUUCGAAUCUACAUAAAUAAAUCAAUAAAUAUUUAAUAUUCAAACUCAAUUAGAUAUUUUAAAUUAGAACAUAAAAUCAUCUGGUUGUUUAAUUUAUUUUGAAAGUAUUUCAAUGAAUAAUAUAAUCUAAUUAAAUUCUAUUUCAGUUAGUGAAAGCAAUUGUAGAGAAUGUUAGUUGGGUUUACUUUAUUUUUUUGUUGCAUAAUUUAAAAAAUUAAAGCUAAUAGAUUUGAUUUUCACAAAAAAUUAUAUAAGUUAAUAUGGAUGUCUUCAUUUCAACACACUUUAAUAAAUAAAUUAAAAGGCCCAAUUACAUGAUUCUCUCUUUAUACUUAAUUAUGGAAACUUAGGAGCAGCUAUUUAUUCAAAAUAAUUAAGUAUUGAUAUUGUUAAUUGUUAUUUUUCUUAAAAUACAGCUAUGACUUUUGGAGGAGCUAUUUACAUGUAAAAUUGUAAAAAUGAUUUUAAAAUCCUAAAAUCAUUACUAAUUGAAAAUGUUGCUUCACAAGGAGGUGGAAUAUUUUUUAAUGGAAGCAAUCAAUUAACUAAAGAAAAUUUUGAAAAAUCUCUUAUUUAAUUAAAUACGGCAUUAUUAUAUACUAAUAAUGUAAUAGAGAUUCCUCAUCAUUUAUCUUUAUCAAUAAAUAAUUAAGAAAUGAUUUCAGAACAAAUUAAAUUUGAGAAUCUUACUUCAAAUGUUUUGAAAUUAAAAAAAUACAAAAUUAUCGAAUAAGGUAAAAUUAAAUUUAUGAAUACAUUUAUGAUUCCUAGUAAUUAAAUAAUUUAAAAUUAUAAAUUAUUUAAUCCUUAAAAUUAUACUUAUUUAAAUUUUAUAAGUGAAUUGUCAAUCAACUAAAAAAACAGUUUAAAUGAAAAGUUAUUUAGUUUUUCAAAUUCUUCCUGUGAUAUUAGUUUAUUUACUUAAUUAUCAAAUAAUGAAACCCUAAUCGAAUAAAAUUCUAACCAAACUAUUUUCUAUAAUUAAUUAAAAAAUGGUUUUGAUUUAGGAUAGAUUUCAAUUAUUUUUAAUCCAUAUUAAGAAGAAAAUAUUUUCUAUUAAUUGUAAAUUAACUGUGCUGUUAACCUUUAAUAAAAUAUUUUGCAAUACAUAGUAAAAGGAAAAACCUUGAAAUGUUAAUUAGGGGAAUUUUUUUAUAAUGAGGGUUGUUAAAAAUGCGAAAAUGAAAAAGGGUUUUAUUCUGUUUCUUAUAAUAAUUCUAAGUGUUCUAUUUUUGACAAAACUAAAUUUAAAAAUAUAACAUCAAAUUAGAUAGAAUUACUUGAAGGUUUUUGGAGGCCCAAUCAUUUUUCAGAUUUAACAGAAGAAUGUUUCAAAAAUCAAUAAUUCUGUAAAGGAGGUUGGUCUGUGGGAAAUGAUUUAUGUUAGCUUGGCCAUACUGGAGCAUUGUGUGAAGAAUGUGAUAUAAAUAAUAUUAGAGGAGAGGGAAACUAUUUUAAAAUGACUUCAGAUUCAACAUGCGCAGUUUGCAAUGACAACAAACUUAGUAUUAUAUUAACUGUAAUCUUUGCUUUACUAUGGUAUGGAUAUUUUAAUAAGGAAUAGGUCAAUUUUGUAAAUUAUUUUAACAUUGAGAAGUAUUAAUGAAUCAAAUAAAUUAUUUUAAUCUUUAAAAUUGAGAUAAAGAUUUAGUAAAAUUCUUUUUAAAUUAAAUUAGGGUAUUAGAAUUUUUUAAUAUUUUAGAUUAUAAGGGUAUUUUGAUAAAGAUGUUAAUCAAUUAUUUAUGGAUUUUAACUCUUAUCUUUACAUUUAAUAUUUAGUUUCCUUUGUUUUUUGCAUUUGUGGAUAGAACCAGCAAUCCAUCAAUUUUUGUGGUAACUAGUUUAGAAUGUUAUACAGCUGAUAUGUUUAAUAUCGAAUUAAUUUAUCUAAGAAUUAUUAUGCUCUUUAUAGUACAACUGAGCUUAUUCCUUGCAAUAUCUGGUGGAUAUAUGAUUAGCUCUUUAAUGAAGAAUGAAAAAUUUAACAAUAGUAUUUUAUCUAAUACAGCAAUCUACCUAUAUAUUGCAAAUUAUGCUGAAUUUGCCAAAUAGUAUAUAUAAAUUGUAUUUAAUAGAUUUGCAUCCUUAUUAUCCAUUAGAAAAAUUUCAAAUAUUGAAUUUAUAUAAGGAAAUGUAUCGUUAGAAUAUAAUACUAAUACUCAUUAAAUAUGGAUUAUGUCAUUUGUUAUUCCAGGAUAUAUUAUAACUUGUUUUAUUAUGCCUUUUCUAUUUUUCAUAUUGUUAUUUAUUCUGAGAAAUAAAUUAGAUUAAAUUAAAUUAAGGAAACACAUUUGCUAUGUUUUUAAUGAAUACAAAGAAAACAAUUAUUAUUGGGAAUUUAUCAAAAUUUGGUAAAAAACCAUAAUGAUAUUUAUUAUCCUAUACUUUGAAACAAAUGUCUAUUUAAAAGGAUCUUUAUUAGGUUUAAGUCUUUUAGUCUAUCAAGCAUUUGCCAUGAAAUUGAAACCAUAUUUAAUACCAAAGUUCAAUAAUCUUGAUAUAUUAACUUCAUAGAUUUGUUCAAUAGUUAUAUUUGUAGCAAUAGCAAAAUAUGCAAGUGAAUAACUUAAUAAUCAAAAUUGGUCAGUAAUACUAUAAUUUUUAAUUAUGAUUUUAAUGAUAAAGUUGUGCAUUCCUUUUGUUGAAAAUAUCUUACAAGCUUAUAAUAAAAAUUAUAAAAUUCAUAUUUUAACUAGAAUUCAUAGAAUACUCAAAUUUUGUUUACCAUCCUACUUUUUGACUAAAAAAAUUUAAGGAAAACUAUUUACUUAUUAAAUACAAUAAUAAUAAAUUCACUAAAAUUUCUUAAAAUUGAAAUAAUACCUAUUUUCACGCAAGUAAAAUUAGAGAAAGAAACCUCUUAGUGUACUUUUUUAGAAAAGGGAAUCCUAAAGUUUUAUAGACUGA